AUGUCGAAGGACUGGGCUGAAGCGGACGAGGAGACCUUCCCCGACGUGGCGGAGGCCGCAGCGCCCGCACCGUCCAGCCACAGCCAGGCCCAGGGCGGCGGCGGCGGCGGCGGCUACGGCAACAGCAGGGACGGGGCGGCGGCGGUGGCGGGUACCAGGGCGGCGGUCGGGACAGCGGGUACCAGGGCGGCGGUCGGGACGGCGGGCGGGCGCGAGUACGAGGAAGUCCCCGUGCCUGAUGCUCCGCCGUACAAGGCGCUAGUGGGCAACUUGCCGUACAGCGCACACGAGAACGAUAUCGCCGACUUUUUCCACCAGUGCCGAGUGGACGACGUCUAUCUCGUCAAGGAUCGCACAACGGGUCAGGCCAAGGGCUUCGGGUAUGUGACCUUCGGGGACAAACAAAGCCUGCUAGAUGCAUUAAAAAUGACCCAAAGGAAUCUGGGAGGCCGCGAUGUGCGCGUCGAGGUGGCUAAGCCUCAGAGAGGGGGCGGCAACCGUCGUGGGUACGGUGAUGGCGGAGGAUUUGGUGGGGGCGGCUUCAGCGGGGGUGGAAGACAGCAGGGUGGCGGUGGCUACCGGCAGGGAGGGAGUGGGCGGGACGACUACGGCGGUGGAAGUGGCGAGGGCCAGCAGGGCUACGAAUCCUUUGGCUCUCGCCAAAGGGAGGACAGGGGCAGCUCCGGCGGCGGUGGACAAGACGGACCCAUCGGGGCCGGCGGUCCUGAUGUGCCUGCCGGCGGCGAAGCGCCACCCAGCGGCGAGAGACCCAGGUUGAAGCUGGCGCCGCGCUCCAAGCCGGCCACCGGCCAGGCCGCCGCUGGUGCGGCGGCUCCCGCCCCGGCCUCGUCCAAGAAGGCCAGCAUCUUCGGGGGCGGCAAGGCGCACGACGAAUUCGCUUACGAGAAAGCGAAGGCGGCGUCUCGUCCGGCCGCGUCUGCCGGCCGUGGUGGCGGAGGAGGUGCUGCCGGCAGUGGUGACGCUCCUGCCGGAGGAGGGGGUGGGGGGGGGGGUCGCGGGGGGCGGGGUAGCCCCGGUGCCGGCCGCGGCUCCGGUGGACGCGGCGCGGGGGCAGGCCGCGGGUCUCCAGGUGGUCGCGGAAGGGGCGGUGGCGGCGGGAAGGGCGGUGACAAGAAGGACAGCGGGAGCGCCCCUCCGGCGACCCCUCCGCCGGGGACGAAGGCUGCUGGCGGUGCCGGUGCCGAUGCUCCUCCCCCGGUUCCCGUGACGCCAUCGCCUGCAUCGACUGCAACUCCUACCUCCAAGGGAGGAGAGGAUGGCUGGAAGUCGGCCAAGGCUGCAGGAGGCAAGGGUUCAGCCGCGAAGGGUGCUUCCACUGCUACGGCUGCUGCCGUCGAUGCCUCGGCGGGCGAGGCGGACAAGGCAACGGCGAAGGUCGACAACAAGUUCUCAGCCCUCAACAUGGACGACGACGAAUGAUAUGCCUCAGCUUUUUUUCACAUGUGAUUGACUCACUUGGCAAAACCGGGACACCUGCUGCACCCUCUGCCGGGAGAGAAGAAAGCAAGGGAAUGUGACUUGGUUUGGUUUGACGGAAAUGGCCGUGCGCAUGCCGUGUGUCCUACGGGCGGAGUAGGCGUUGAAAAUAUCGUGUCGGUGGUGCGUAUGUCAGCUGACCACGCGCGGUCGGAGACUAUCGUUUGGUGGAAAAGCGUAGUUUGGGUAGGAAAGGCAAGCCCCGCCACUGAAUAAGUGUGCCGUUAGUUGCCUGGUUUUUUGCAAACUGUCAAAAUGCGGAUGACCCAUCCUUCAGAGAAAUGCACGACACUGGGAUCGGAGAGAGGGAUGGGAAACCGUUUGAACGGUGUGGGGGGACCGGGCCGCCUUCAAGCAGGUGGGGUGCAAAUCGUGUUUGCUGUGGGGUGCAAAUCGAGAGGUCUUGCUGGGCCUCGUCACGGGCUGUGCAUCUCUGGUCAAGUUGUGCGGUCCGGUCCUAUAACAUGAGCUGAUCGAUGCACCGUAGUAGAUACGCGUGGUACUUGCUUGCUGGAUUAGCUGUGCAAAUGAAAAUGUGUAUGGUAUAGCUCUGAAGUUUAGAUGGAAUUUUUUCCAUGUCUGGCUGAUUCGUCACCCCGCGCUCGCUCGCAAAUAGACUUUACGCACAGCGAAUACAUUGUCUUUGUGUUGCUCUUUCACCUCGUAAGGCAAAUAAAUUUCCCACUUUUGGGCAUACACCCCUGGUCCACUUUUGCCCAAAAAUGUGCUCUUGUCAGACCAACCAAACGGUCCUUCUUGUGCCUAAAGGUAUUUAGUCGUAGAUUAGUAGUUUUAUGUACAGGCGCACGUCGUGCGACUAUGUCCUAAUUUACGCCGUAUGCAGGCCACCUUGUUUUUCCUGGCUUGCCCGGGUCCAUGGGAGAAGGCUUGAACGAGAAGGCGUUGGGAGUCUUAAGAAGCAGGUACUGGAGGUUGGGUGGACGGUAUUGGGGGUUGGCUUUGGUCCUCACGUCGAGUGUCGUCGGCCCUCAGAAAAUCGUGUGUGCUAUGUAGUGAUGCGUAUAAUGGACAUUCCUGGCUAACAGCGAGUAGCGUUGUAGGACACGGCAUUGUUCUUUUGCUCUAUUGCAGACAAAUUGGAAUUUUUUUUUCUGACGGUGCAAGUGCAGGCUACGCACGAACGUAUCUCACGCACACACUUCGACGACAGCACGUCGCCU